UUGUGAGGGAGAGAGAGAGACAAGGAAGUCCAGGUUGUCCAGAAGGAUGCUGAGGAUGCUGCUGCUCUCCUUCGGACUUCUACAGGGAAUCCCAGGACUCCUGGCCUCCAGCCCCAACCACCUGGAUGAGAGAGGAUCCAUUCUCUACGAAGCAGGCCAGUCAAGCUACCCAAGCCUUCUACAGAUGGUCAGAGAGGUGCCCCCACCAGAUUUUGACCGUCUGGCUUUGGAGAUGCCUGUAGCACAGGAUGACCAUGUGGCAGACAUCAGCGUGAUGGAGCAACAGGGGGCGCCGGGCCCUCGGGAGGAGCGCUCGCCGCCGCGGAGGUGCGUCCGCCUGCAGGAGUCCUGCCUGGGCCACCGGCUGCCCUGCUGCGACCCCUGCGCCACCUGCUACUGCCGCUUCUUCAACGCCAACUGCUUCUGCAAGAGGCUGAGCAACGCCUUUCCCUGCGGCAGGAACUAGCGGCCGCCUCCGGCCCGCCGCCGGGCAGCCCCUUCCCGGGGCCGGGAGGCCGGAGGGACGCGGCGCCCUUUUCCGCCCUCUCCGUAAUAAUAAAAAAC